CGGCGGGGAGGCUGUGGCGCCGGGAGGCGGGGACGGGGCGGCGGGCAGCGGUCCCGGAGGAAGCGGCCGCCGCGGAGGGAGGCGAGCUCGGUUCAGCGAGCACCGGGGACGUGGCGUGCGACGCGAUCCUCACCCGCGCAGACAGUGCCUGCACUCCGCUAGAAGGGAAGCAAAGACAGAGUCAUCAUGGCUUCAGUGUCUACUCAUGAAAACCAAGAUAAAGGGCCCCAUUUGCCACCGCCAAGCAAGCAGAGCCUGUUGUUUUGUCCAAAAUCAAAGCUGCACAUCCAGAGAGCGGAGAUUUCUAAGAUUAUCCGUGAAUGUCAAGAAGAAAGUUUCUGGAAGAGAGCUCUGCCUUUUUCUCUUGUAAGCAUGCUUGUGACCCAAGGACUAGUCCACCAAGGUUAUUUAGCAGCUAACCCAAGAUUUGGAUCAUUGCCUAAAGUUGCACUUGCUGGUAUCUUGGGAUUCGGCCUUGGAAAGUUGUCCUACAUAGGUGCCUGCCGGAGUAAAUUCUAUUCUUUUGAAGAUCAGCUCCGUGGGGCUGGUUUUGGUCCAGGGCAUAACAGGCACUGCCUGCUUACCUGUGAGGAAUGCAAAAUUAAGCAUGGAUUAAGUGAGAAAGGAAGUUCACAGCCUUCGGCUUCCUAAACACUGUUUCUCUGGCUUUUGAAGUUUCUUAAACCUCUGAAUUUGUAGACAUUUAAAAUUUCAAGUGUACUUUAAAAUGAUAUACUUAUGGUGGAACCGAAACAUUGUGAUUCUCUCACCCAGUUGAAAUGCUUUCUCUGCAAGAGUCUCAAUUGAAUUAAGCAUUAUGUGUUUUUCUGCUAUUUAAGGACGCAUCGGGAGCCCUCACCCAGCAAAAAGAAAUUAUGUUGCACCCUAACUUGCUUACAGCCUAAUAAAAGAAUUUAGAUCUUCUCUGA